GGCGGCGGCAGCUGAAGCGUAGGGACGGCCGCGGUCGCUGCGCGGGGCUGGGCCCAUGGCGGCGACGGCGGUGGCGACGGGGUCCGGGGCCGCGGCGGGGACCGAGUCGGCCGAGCGGCCCCCGGGCCCGGCGGCGGCGCUGGAGUUGUGGCUCAACAAAGCCACAGACCCAAGCGUGUUGGAACAGGAUUGGUCAGCUAUCCAGAAUUUCUGUGAGCAGGUGAACACUGACCCCAAUGGCCCCACACACGCGCCCUGGCUGCUGGCCCACAAGAUCCAGUCUCCGCAAGAGAAAGAAGCUCUUUAUGCCUUAACGGUGCUGGAGAUGUGUAUGAACCACUGUGGAGAGAAGUUCCACAGCGAGGUGGCCAAGUUUCGCUUCCUGAACGAGCUGAUCAAAGUGUUGUCCCCAAAGUACCUGGGGGCCUGGGCCACAGAAAAAGUUAAAGGAAGAGUCAUUGAAAUACUCUUUAGUUGGACAGUCUGGUUUCCAGAAGACAUCAAGAUCCGAGAUGCCUAUCAGAUGCUAAAGAAACAAGGAAUUAUAAAACAAGACCCUAAGCUACCAGUGGAUAAAAUCUUACCCCCGCCUUCCCCCUGGCCCAAGAGCUCGAUCUUUGAUGCUGAUGAAGAAAAGUCAAAGCUUCUGACAAGGCUUCUGAAGAGCAACCACCCUGAGGAUCUUCAGGCUGCAAACCGGCUGAUCAAGAAUUUGGUCAAGGAGGAACAAGAAAAAUCAGAGAAGGUGUCCAGGAGAGUGAGUGCCGUGGAGGAAGUGCGAAGCCAUGUGAAGGUGCUGCAGGAGAUGCUGAGCGUGUACCGCAGGCCGGGGCAGGCCCCGCCAGACCAGGAGGCCCUGCAGGUCGUGUAUGAAAGGUGUGAAAAGCUGCGACCUACCCUGUUCCGGCUGGCAAGUGACACCACUGAUGAUGACGAUGCUCUUGCCGAGAUUCUCCAAGCAAAUGAUCUCCUCACCCAAGGAGUUCUGCUGUACAAACAGGUGAUGGAGGGCCGUGUCACCUUUGGAAACACAGUGACCAGCUCAGUGGGAGACAUACCUGUCUCCAGAGUCUUUCAGAAUCCAACUGGCUGCAUGAAAAACUGUACCCUGAUUGACUUAGAGGUGGAUGAUGGAUCUGAGCAGGCUGGGACUGUGGCACCAUCUUUGCUUCAUCAAGACCUGGCAGCCUUGGGAAUUGGUGAUGCUCCUGUUACGAAUAAGGUUGCUGUUCCGAAUUGCUAUAAGGAAAAGAGGAAUCCCUCUGCCAGCACACUGCCAGGUGGUGGCAUUCAGAGCCCUUCUGCGGACCGGAACUUGCUGGAUCUCCUCUCACCACAGCCAUCCCCCGGCCCUCCGAAUUAUGUCUCACAGAAAAGUAUCCCCAAGGAAGUGCCACCAGGUACUAAGUCCUCCCCAGGUUGGUCCUGGGAGACUGGCCCAUUGGCUUCUUGCCCAUCUUCACAGAAUACGCCUCUGGCUCAGGUGUUUGUCCCUUUGGAGUCUGUUAAGCCCAGCAGCCUGCCACCUCUGAUCGUGUAUGACCGCAAUGGAUUCAGAAUUCUGCUCCACUUCUCCCAGACUGGGGCCCCUGGCCACCCCGAGGUGCAGGUGUUACUCUUGACCAUGAUGAGCACUGCUACUCAGCCUGUCUGGGACAUCAUGUUUCAGGUGGCUGUGCCAAAGUCAAUGAGAGUGAAGCUGCAGCCGGCAUCCAGCUCCAAGCUUCCUGCAUUCAGUCCUUUGAUGCCUCCAGCUGUGAUAUCUCAGAUGCUGCUGCUUGACAAUCCACAUAAAGAACCUAUCCGGUUACGGUAUAAGCUGACAUUCAACCAAGGUGGGCAGCCUUUCAGUGAAGUAGGAGAAGUGAAAGACUUUCCAGACCUGGCUGUCUUGGGUGCAGCCUAACUUUUCACAAGACGGACCCUUCAGUUCAAGCUUAGGCCAGCGUUACUUUGCUGUCUAGACCGGACUAAUCACGGUGUUUUAGUGCACAGUGCCAAGAGUUCUAUCCUGACAUCAGGCUCUGGAUGCUGACCUCUGACUUAUUCUGCAGAUACUGUGUGUGUGUGUGUGUGUGUGUGUGUGUGUGGGUGUGUGUGUGGGUGGGAGGGUGGGGGCGGGGGUGGGAGGGUAGAGCAGGGCUUGGGAUGUGGGCAAUGUGAGAAAUGCUGAAGCAUUUCUGAUAAUCAUCUCUGCUACAAUCAUCUGUUACUGCAUGUUAGUGGACACUGAUGUCCAUGCCUCAGGUUGGAGGUUUUAUAAGCCAAAGUUUUUUUUUUUCAUGUAGUGUUAUCUUUCCAUUCAUCCACUUUGUGCCUUGUCAGCCUUUGAAAGUCUUGGUUGCUCCCAGGCUGUUGUUCUCAGGGACCUUAAAAGGGACCUGGUUGGUCUUGGGGCAGAGAGUGUCUUCUGGGGCACUCUCUUCCAAGAAAGACCUUGUCUCCAUUUUCAUUAGAGAAUGCUGCUUGCAUGUGUUUGGGAAGAUCUUCUAAAUGGAAUACUUGUUGCACUGUUUCCAGGCAGGGGGCUGCUGUGAGACCAGAGGACCACACUUGGGGGACCAAUCAUGUCCUUCACCAUUGUGCCUUAGAAUUGCCCUUAGAUGGACCCUCUGGGCAGGGGGGAAAGCAGAUCCCAGGCCUUGUUCAGGCCUCAGCUUUUGUGGGUUGGGCAGCCAGUCUGGGCCCUUCCUCAGGACCCUCAUCUCCAUCCUCAUCCUCUUUCUACACAAUCAUCUACUCAGAGUUCUUUGAUUGUGACACCAUGUUAGUCAUUGUAAAUUGUAGCUCACAGGCCAGCCCUUGCCUGUUGACUUCACAAUCUAAGAAUCAGAACUGUGAUUCAGAUAGACAUGAAAAAGAGCUUAGCAGUGAUUUAAGUGGUGACUAAAUAUAGAAAGUCAUUGAAUAAAUACCACAUAGCAAAUGUACUUUGUGGAGUGUUGAGUAAGCAGAAGGUGCAAAGCCGAUUGCAUUUAGGGAUGGUAGGUCUAAAGGGAGCUGUCUUCUAGUGAGAAGUAAGGAAAACUUCAUAAAGGAUGUAGUGCCUUAACUGCCUUGGUAAAGAGAGAAAACCUGAAGAUAUGAUGAAAGCUGGAAAAGAGAUGGAUAUUAGUUACAUUUAUAAUCUGAAGGAAAGUUUCAGGUUUAUAAUCAAUUCAUACCUAGUGAGCUCCUACUGUGUGCUGGGAGCUCUGAUGUGCAUAUUUAACAAGUCCUGCUUGGCCUGAUCAGUGGGAGAAGGAACCGGAGUGAGCCUGGCUGAGCUGGUGCCGUGGAGGGCUUUGAAGUUGGAGCAGCUGAUGUGGCCAGGUGGGGUUCUGCCUCAGAAGCUGCAAGGCUCUGUUUGGAGCUCUUAAUCAUGUGGUAUUUUUACAAUCUGAUCUUUUGACUGCUGUGUAUAGUUAGAAAUCUGCGAACAUUAAUUGGUGGGCUGGGAACUGUAAAAGAUCAUCAAGAAUGCUAAUUUUUAAGCAAAUGUGGAAACACAUAAAGCAGAUAAAUGGAUGGGGUGAUUUCUUCAUUUGGCAUAAUUCUCAUGAGACUAAUUUGAAUGAAAAAUUACUUUCAUGCUCAAGUGUUCUAUCAAUACAUAACUUUUACAGGCUGUAUAGUUAUUACAUAAAGUCUUGAAGGAGGUACCCAUCACAAAGACAAUGUCUACCUGUGAAGUGUUUCCAUCAAAAUGGGUGAAUGAGAUGUACACAUAAAAACAGGCCUUGUAUCCUAUACUUCAAAGUGAACUCACAUUUAAGUACCUGAACAUUCUUCUGUUUUCCAGGAGACAGACUCCCGGUGGUAGUCUCCUUAGGUAUUAGAUUAUGGGUGAAAGGGGAGAAGGAAGGAGGGUGUCCUGAAAGUGGUCCUGGUUUAUGUAAUCAGUGCCUUCUAAUUGCCAAGUUUAGUGACCACUUAGAUCCUAGCCUUUAUCCUUUCAUUCACUCAAGUAAUUAUUGACCAACUACCCUGAGCCAGGCACUGUUGUAGGCACUGCAGAUACAGCAGUGACAAAAGUCUGUGCUCUCAAGGAUCUGCUGUUCUCUGGGGAGAGACAAGUUCGUAAUGUGCCUGCUGGAGAUUAGGCACAGAUGGACCAGGGUUUUCUCCUAUCCUGAGCUCAGCUAGGAUCUUGUUGGCCUUUUUCUUAACCUGUCUCUGUGAAUGCUUUUCUUCUUCUGUCCCUUAAAUGUGGUGGUUCCCCAGGGUCUAAUCCAUAAGACUUUUCUAGGUCUACACACUGAGGCCUGGUAGUCAGUCCCCUCCAAACUGGUAGGUGGGUUGUGUGAUAACCACUACCAUAAGAUACAGCAAACUACUAGAGAAGAGGGCUGCCUUUGAGCUAUUGCUAAAUGAAAAAAUAUCUUUGGGUCAUAGAGUUACAGAUAAAGUUUUCUUUAAAUUUUA